UGUUAUUCAGAAACUGGCACUCUCUCUUUCUUAUCUACAUACAGUGUGACGUGUAAUCUCUGCCGAAUGGGUUUUUGCAAAGAAUUUAGUGCAAGUGAAGCACUUGAGACUGAUGCUGCAAUCAGCUGGAAUGGAAUGAAUUAGAAAGGGAAGAAGAAAUCUCAUCUGGCAUGGUGGAUCUGCUGGACAAUUUUAGUUCAGAGCCCAGGUUGACACCACAGAGUCUGCCAGAUCCGCAUCUUGAGUACUACAGUCUCCUGCAUUGCACCAUGACCUUGGAUAUACAGACCAUUGUUGUAUUUGCCAUUAUCGUAGUGUUGGUGCUGGUGAAUGUAAUUUUAAUGUUCCUGCUCGGCACACGUUAAUGGAUGACUCUUGAGCUAUUGGGUGACACAGCGCUUCAGAGGCACAGCUACAGUAUGGCCCUGCAGUGAUAUGAAUGACGUUGGUAUAUUAUCUACCUAAUCUUUUGUCGUGUCUUGUCUUUAAUAUGCCUCUGAUCAGUGGCGGUUACAUUGUCAGUGCUGAGGCAGUAUGGGAUCACGUCACAAUGGCCGACCGUGAGUUGGCAUUCAAAGCAGGGGACGUUAUUAAAGUCCUCGAUGCCUCUAACAAGGAUUGGUGGUGGGGACAGAUUGACGAUGAAGAAGGCUGGUUUCCAGCCAGUUUCGUGAGGCUUUGGGUGAAUCAGGAAGACACUGUAGAUGAAGCCAGUAGUGAGAUUCAAAAUGGACAUCUGGACCCAAACUCUGACUGCCUGUGUCUUGGCAGAAGUGUGCAGAACAGAGACCAGAUGAGAGCAAAUGUCAUCAAUGAAAUAAUGAGCACAGAACGACACUACAUAAAGCAUCUGAAGGACAUCUGUGAGGGGUACCUCAAACAAUGCAGGAAACGCAGAGACAUGUUUAGUGAUGAACAGCUGAAGGUUAUUUUUGGAAAUAUUGAAGACAUUUAUAGAUUUCAGAUGAGUUUCGUCAGAGACUUGGAGAAGCAGUAUAACAAGGAAGAUCCUCAUCUGAGUGAAAUUGGACCAUGCUUCUUAGAACAUCAAGAUGGAUUUUGGAUUUAUUCAGAGUACUGUAAUAAUCAUCUAGACGCAUGCAUGGAGCUCUCCAAGCUGAUGAAGGAUGGCAGGUAUCAGCAUUUUUUUGAAGCUUGUCGUCUCCUGCAGCAAAUGAUUGACAUUGCCAUCGAUGGUUUUCUCCUCACUCCUGUGCAGAAGAUCUGCAAAUACCCACUACAACUCGCAGAACUACUCAAGUAUACAGCAUUGGAACAUAGUGACUAUAGAUACGUUGCUGCAGCUUUGGCAGUCAUGAGGAAUGUGACUCAACAAAUCAAUGAACGGAAAAGAAGGUUGGAAAAUAUAGACAAGAUGGCUCAGUGGCAAGCUUCAGUCCUUGACUGGGAGGGUGAUGAUGUUCUGGACAGAAGCUCUGAAUUGAUAUACUCUGGGGAAAUGACAUGGAUUUACCAGCCUUAUGGACGGAACCAGCAAAGGACCUUCUUCCUCUUUGACCAUCAAUUGGUCAUGUGUAAAAAGGAUUUGAUACGACGGGACAUCCUUUACUACAAAUGCAGAAUUGAUAUGGACAAGUAUGAAAUGAGUGACAUUGUUGAUGGAAGAGAUGAUGAAUUUAAUGUUAAUGCCAAGAAUGCCUUCAAACUAAAGAACAAGGAGACAGAGGAAGUGCACUUAUUCUGUGUAAAGAAGCCAGAGGAGAAGCAAAGAUGGUUGCGAGCACUUCAUGAGGAGAGGAGGAUGGUUCAAGAAGAUGAAAAGAUAGGGUUUGAAAUCUCAGAGUAUCAGAAGAGACAAGCUGCAAUGACCGUAAGAAAAGUCAGCAAACAGAAAGGGGUGAACUACACAAGGUCAUUACCUCCCUCAUACCCAGCACCACCUGAUCCUCUUCAUCAGAGGAACUUCAUGCUCACUGAUGGCAUACCUCAGGGGUCAAUGUAUGAACUAACGGAGCCUAAACGCAGUCAGUCUCCCUUCUGGCAGAACUUCAGUAGGUUAACACCAUUUAAAAAGUAACAGGCCAUGUUGUUUGGGAGGAACUAGCCCUUGACAUUUAUUCUUGGCAGUUAAAAACAAAGUGUGGAUCAACAAACCAUGUUUGGAUCAUGGAUCUAGAUGAUUUAAACAUCUGCUGACACCUUUCCUGCUGAGCCUUGGUUCAAAACAACAUUUUAUCUCAUUAUUUCUUAAUGUGAUUCAACUGUUCAUAAAGCAUAUAAUAUAUGACAACAGAAAGUCAGAAAGGAAAACUGAAAUUCAGACUCAGCCUUCAUUGCAUUAUAUCAUUUGUGAUUAUGUGAAUCUAGAUUUGCUCCUUAGUGCACCGUAUUGCAGCUGUAUACACGCAGGCACACACAGAGACAGACAGUUUCAUGCACAUUCACACACACAUCUUGCUUCUGUUGUUCUAAAAGCUUAUUACAUAUAUACUGGAGUGUGACUGUUUUAUUGCUUGAUCAGUUUUACAUAAACUAUUACAGAUAUUUUAAUGACUAAUAUCAUAACCAUGCUUUUGAUGAUUUAAUAUAUAACCAUGUGCUGAUAUGAUAUGUUGUACUGAAUGAACAGUUCAAACUCUAUUUGAAGAACUUAGGAAUAACUCAUGCCAUUUCUACCAGUAUCCAUGGAGUUUGUAAUUAUUCAGAAGGUAGGAGUUAAUUGACAGGGCCAUUCCUUUGCCAUCUUUGUCCUAGUUGGUUUAACAACCAAUUCUCUUUGACAGUACAACAAAAUCUUUCAACAGAAUGGAUAUAUAACUAUAACCUUUUGACCAGAGAAUCAAUUGCUUAAUAUAAUUAACAUUCUUUGUUAUGUUUUAGUCCAAGUUUGUUACAGUGUUACACUUAACAGUUAAUAAGGCUUAAUAACUAAUCAAAUUGUAUUUUAACUCUUUAAAUUUGAGUUGGAAGGCAUAAUGUAACACCGACAAGUCUUUGUUGUCGUCAGUUAAUACUUUCUUCACCUUGUGCAUCCUUGGACAUUUGCCAGUCCUUCCACAGCAUUAAUCAUCUGAUCCCAUGUGGUUUCUCUACAAUAUCUCUGGACUACUUCAACUGAAAUGUUUGCAAUUCAUUGGAGUUCUGUGGAUUGAACAGUGCACAGCAUAGAUUAUAAACUAGGUUAUGGCGGAACCAUUGCAAAUUAAGGAAUUAAGUUAUCUUUAAAUAUUGUCCUACAAAAAUGUUUUGUGCCACAAGUGAUGUAAACAUUUGUUUUGUGAUGUGCUAAAAUUUCACUAUUUUGCAUUUCAAAUGCAUACAAUGAAAUCAUACAUGAUAUAAAAUGAUAAACUAGCCAAUCUUUUGAAAUAAUAAUGGACAUUUUUAUAGAACUACAGAGCUACUUUUCCAAUAAUCAUAGCUAGAUAUUAUUUUCUAACAGUCUAAAUAAUUAAAUAUUUAUUAAACUAGUGCCAAAAAAUGUAGAAGCAAAUUCAACAAAAGGAAAAAUUGUUAGUAUAUGAUUCAGUACACAGGCACUUAGCUGCCAGCUGACAGAUUGUUUGUUCUGUACUGUUCCUAUUUAAAGGCUGUUGGUGCCCUUAACAAAGACAGUUAGCAAAAGUCCUGGUUAAUCAAAAAUGUAUUUUCUCAUACUGAAGUUAUAGGCCAUCAGGAAUAUGUUAUUGCUAUCCAUUUAGGGAGUUUAGUGGCUUGCUUUUAUUUUAUUUCUAUAGUGAAUUAUUUAAUUUCAUUGUAAUGGCUAUGGUCUUUGUCUAAUCAUAUUCAAGCUCUUUGCUCAGGUAAAUUCUUGCAUGAUGUGCCAUAUAAAGUAGUGAUUGACUGGUACGUAGUUCUACAAGUCUGGUUUUCUGGUUUCUUUAGUACUUGCCUCUACUGGUAAGGGUAACAAGCAGUGUCAAAUUAUCAGUUGGAUCAAAUAUGCAUCGCAAUUAGUGAUUGACGUUGUACCACACACCAGCGUUGUAUGUGACUCAUAUGAAGAAUGAGGCCUAUUUACCCAUUCUACGGUAAUCUGAGGCUAGCCAGACCUAAUUAUUGAAAUUUUUGUAGAGUGCACAGUCAAGUGACUGUAUAGUUGACCAAAAUAAUGCUAAUGGUAUCUUUUCUUAUCACUUGACCAGGAGUAUUGAAUAGGAGAGUCUGUUGGUGGAGCUCGAUGGACUAAGUCAUAACUUGGCUUUGGUCCAAGCACUUUUCAAUCAUUAUUCACCACUCUUUAAUAAGUCUUUUACAAUACUGGCACAAGUUUAAUUUUGAUUUUUAACUGCUAAAAUGAAUACCAGAUCUAAAGCGUCAGCUAAUGGUAAAGGUAAUGGAGACCAACCUACUUUGGAAGCUAUUUCUAAUCUGGAUAGAAAGUUUGACCGAAGCUUUGCCAAAUUGAAGUCCAUUUUACAGGACUAUGAAGGAGUAUUGAAUAGGAUGUUUCUCAGGGGAAUAUUGGUCAAAACACUAAUAUUGCUAGCUUAUGCUCUUUGCAAUAAGUAAUUAAGAGGUCUAGAAAGUCAAGUAGACCAGAGUGGAUCUCAGUUCAAGAUUUCGAUUGAGUACAGCACCCUCCUCCAACAUGUGCCCCAACUCAGUGUUCUCAGUUUCACACUCGAAUUACUGUGUGAACAGACAGAAACUGAAUGUGGUCCAUGCGCCCACUGGUUUCUCAAGAUAGGGGCAGGAGAAUGGUACCCAUUGAAUGUACUACUACACUGAUAGCAAAAUGAAUCUAUCACUUAAUGGAAGGGGAGAAAAUGAUUUGGAUGGGGAGAGGAUACCACAGAUAGAUUUCUGGGUAUUAUUAAGCUAGCUUUAGAUAUUUUUGCCAAAUACAUUCACCUCUCUGUGAAGGAGGAACAAGAAGUACCUGUUUCCCUCUUGUCAAGGGUUGAGGUACAUCUGUGAUUUAGUGCGAGAAAUAAUGAUCAGUUGCAAACGAUUGGUAUGCAAGACAAGUUUUUCACUGUACCUCAGUACAAGUGACAAUAAUAUACCAAUACCAAUAUUAUGUUACACAGACAAGGUGCCAGGAAUGAUUCUUAGUCUGUGCUGAAUGAUGUGAUCUGGAAUCCUAAGAACUGUUUUUAACAGACAUAGACUAAAAAUACAACAAAAUAUUAGCCUAGGGCUCCCAUUCCCAAUCACUAUCCAGUGAGGUGCACAUAGGUAAUGAUUUGGUAAGGGUAGACAUUCAUGUCUAAUCUUACAUAUGAAGAAUGGCUUUUUUAGAAAGGUUCUGGUAUGUUGCUGACACACACAGAACUGUAGGCUAUCAAACAAGAUUAGGAGGAACAAAGUUGAGUAUUUUUUCAAUAAUGAGGAUCUUUGAUAUUUGACUGAAUAUGAAAUUAAAUGACAUUAUGGUUUCAGUAUCUUGCUGCUUUUACCUCACCACAAGUGUUACCAUCCAACUGAAAUGAGUAUUUGUGAGGUUAAUUAAAAAUCAAAAGGUUUAUAUUUUGGAUUAUAUUGUGGCAAGGCAGAGUAUUCAAUGCUUGGAAGCAUUGUAACUGAUGCCAGGACAAAUUGGGUUAUUGUACCAGUCUCUCACUAAUACAACCCCUCAAUUUUGCUUUAUUGCAUUAACACAAUGAGGUAAAAUUAUACCACAAAAUUGGGUGACACCAGCUAUCCAUUUUGUAUUGUAUCCUUCAGUUGCGCUUGUAAAUGUAUGCAAGUCCUAAUCCUCUACACAAUUUUCAACUAUGAAAACAAAUAUUUACACACAUUGGUCAUUGUACAUUGUUUCCAUGAUUUUAUUUGGCAUUGUUUUCACAUUGUUACAUAGUCUGUGUAAUGAGAGUUGUAAAAAAAAUUCAAAUGAACUUACUUGGGGAGUGGCUCUACCUUCCAUUUUACUAAUUUAAGCUGUUAAAUUCUGUUUUAUUUUAAUUUGUGAUUUCUUAUGUGGAAUGUCUCAUCAUUGAAGACAUGACAUUAUUAUUUCAAUAUGGCAGUACAGUGCUAUUUAAAAUUAAUUCUGAGAACUACAAUGCACAUAAAGGCAAAUGUAGUCUGUGCACUAGUGCUGAGCCUUAAGGAACAAGACUUGGAUGGGAUGGGUAUGGUGGUCUAAAAGAUUUAAAAAAUCUGGUCAGCAUCUAAAGAGAUGUGGGAAGAGUUGUUCAUCUGCAGUUGAGAAACUCAAGCAUAAGUGCUAUCAUUAAAUGGAUUUUUGAUUUGUGAUAAAAAGACAAGAUACAAAUGAAUACUGCUUGCAAGGGGCAGGAACAUUUUUAAAAAAUCCAUACAAUGUAGAUGUGAAUUAUUGCAUCUAGGAAAAUUGAUGCUUCAGUUAUGAACUCUUGUCUUUGUAUUGAAAGUUACAGGCACUGGAUUUGUAAAUGACAUCGAACUAUUCAAGUGUUUUAAUGGAAGAUGUUCUGAGUGAAACCUUCUCCUUGCACUGGCAUUUAAAGUCACACCAACAGCAAUGUUCAAUUACAAUAUUAUAAAAAUAUGGUCUUAACAGCCUCUACUGUAUUAAUAAGAAAUAAAUAGGACUUACAUGUUAUUGAUGUGCAAGUCCACAUGUAUCUUGUACAAAAUAGAAAUGUGGUUCUCAGCACCAUAAUGCAACAUGCCAUGGAACAGGUGCUCAACUGAGUGAUAAGACAGUCCUGUUAAAGCCAGUUGUGUAACAUUCAUUAGUUAGAGUGAAGUCUUUCAGUAAACAUUUUGAUUUAGCUUCAUGCUGUAAAAUACCAGCAUUUUGCUCAGAAUUUCAUUUCUAAAGAUAUAGCUAUUAGUUGUAACAGGAUUAUUUCAUGGACUCGCACUGUUUAUGUUAUAAAAUUACUGUUUGAAUUUGAAAAACAAUGCAUGCAUGAUGCCUUUGGAAGUAAUGCAUGGUCUCACUGCUGUUUUUGCAACACAUGAUCAUUUUUUCGGGAAUGAUACACCACCGGUCAAUAAAAUCUAAGUGCAAAUCCUGACCUUUUGUUACAAGCAAAACCAUAGCAUGGUAAAAUAACUAAUGAAACAUGACCAUGUUAGAUUCUAGUUGCUAAUGAUGUAGAUAAGCUUGUGAUUCCUAAGUGAAUCCUGCUGUAGAGAGUAGGAUGAUUUUGUCAAAUUGAGAUCUUGCCUAUUAACUUAAGCAGACCAGAGCUUAGAUAUUCAAUUCCCUAGACAGAAGUGUGGCUAGUAUUUUAAGAGAUGGGAUCAUUAAUGUGUUUUGUCAGUUUUUAGAAAUGGAUAGUUAGAAUUGAACACUAUCAUUCAUGGAAAUAAUCCUCUACUAAAUAAGGAUUCAUUCCAGUUUUAGUCAAGGGUGUAGAAUAAAAGUGGGAUAGCUCCAUAAUACACAAAUUUAUCUCCAGCCCAUUCGCAGUUAGUCUAACUCAACUGUGAGUAUAGUAGUACUCGCCAGUAUACAUAAACUUCUGCCAUUGAUUCCCUCAAAUAAAAAAAUGCAGAUAAUUAUCAUGUGUUCAUUUUAACAAUGUCCUUCCUGUUAAUUAUAACAAAUAUUGUACCGGCAAUGAGUUGGAGGACAAAAUUUAGAUCUCUGCUUGUCAUUUGAACGUAAUUCUGUGGAAAACUGAAAACCUGCUGAUUUGGGAGCCAAGUUUGCUGCUGGUGAACUGUUCACUGGUGCAGUUUAAAGUUGAAGCAUCACGAAUAAAAGAAGAUAGUUGAAGGAUAACUCAUUCACUUUAAGUAAUCCACACUACAUCUGGAACUUAAAUACAAGUAGCUUUUAUUUGCUUAAAGCCAGAUCAGCAUACUUGCAAAUUGUACAGAUUUAAGUUGAAUUUUAAAGUUGAUCCAAAUAAUAUUUAAGUUUCAAUUAGUUAAAAUCAAACCAUUUGAUUUAAGCAAUAAAUACGUUCACAAAAUAUUCCUUCGUCUGCCAUUUCAUUAAAAAUUUAACCUACAGUUAAUGCUUUUGUUAAAACAGCAAUUAGAAAUAUUGUAUGAAUGUGUUAAUAAAAUCUUAUAAUUUAGUUUUGGCCUCUAUAUUACAAUUGUCAUAGUUGGCAAAUACAUUAUUCAUAAAGAAAUAAUUGUAUUUUCUCCAUAAUAGCCUAAAUGUGUAUAUCCGUAGUCUUUAUACUCCAAGAUUUUAUUAAAACAAAAUUAUAUUUUCUCUAUACUAGAGUUAUAAAAUGUUGUUAAGAGAAAUGUGGAGAAUGAAAUAAUUAGUUAUAAUAAUUAAUUAUAUGGCAUAGUAUUUAGAGAUAUUGCUAUAUGAAUAAAUUCUGAUGAUGUCAAGUGAAUUGCUUGGCUGUAACAUUAGAAAAUAUUCCUCCAAUAGCUUAAUAACUGAAAGCAUUUUCCCAUGUAGUACCAAGACCUAUAGACUAGAAGGUUCUAGAAUUUAUUGCCAAUCUUAACCAGGACAGUAAUUUGAGUACUACAAUUUUUCUUGGCACCCCUUUGUUACAGUGGGUCAAACACAGUCAAGAGUGCCUGCUCUUGGUGGUAAAUUCUAUCUCUGUGAGGCCAGGAAGUAAGGAUGAUCACCGAGGUCAAUUAAUCUGCGGACUUCCACUGCAGAAUUUAGCAUAUGACAGCUGGGAACCAUGGGACUUUAUGGCAAAGGUUAACACCAUUAAAUUUGGACGAUGUUGCAUAAUUUAGUAAUUCCAGUUUAUAGAUUUGGACACACAUAUGGAGAAUCCAGCACAGAGGUUAGCAUACUAAUAUUUUCUCCGCAUAACUUUACAUCGAUUUAAAAAAGUAAUGCAUGAACCUUAACAUCACAAUUUCUUUAUUGAUAGCUAAAUUGUGCUUUCCCUAAUGGUAUGAAGAAUAACAAUUAACAUUUUCUUAUCAGAGUAACUCUCCAUUGUAAAAUACUUACAUAUUUUCAAAACAGUUUGAGAAACUUUCUAACAGAGAAUUAUGUGAUUUAGGUAGGUUAGAUAAUGAGACCCACCAACAAAAAAGUAUGAACAAUUACAAAACAACUUCUACAACUUUCACUUUCCAGGAAACCAUGCAUCUUAGUCAAAAACCCCACAAAGUGAUUAUGUUAAUCAGAGAUUGGUAAUGGAGUGGUUUAGAUUCCUCAUCUACUUCCCUUCUUUCUCAAAUCGGCCUAUGGAAUGGAGGUUUCUUCUGCCUUUUGGCUGUAAAAUCUCUACGUAAAAUUAAUUUGUGAAUCUUUGCCUGUUUCCAGCAUGAACAACAAAACACUGUCCUUUAAUGCCACAAAGAUAUUGGUGUGAAAAAUGGAAAAGUAUUACACUGGUACAGUAGAGGCUGUUUGGAGCUAUGGCAUUUUGUCAGGCAGAUUAGAGAGAGCUUUAUUCUGCAACUAACCAGGCUGUAGUUGACCAGAGAAUUAUUGAUGCUGGGUAUACACAUACCAAAUUAGUUUAAGGAUACUAUAGAUUAAAUAAUAUUUCUAAUUCUCUGGGGUGAUUUUAAAGUAGUGGGCUUCUGGUGGAUAGUUUCAGGAGUCACUUGAUUACUUGCCAGCAUGGGUUGGAAUGAGGCAAAGUAAGUCCUAUUAAACAUGUUAUCAGCUGACCAGAAGUGGGCAUGAUGCAUAUUGGCUGGCCUUUAACUGCUUGCCCACACUCAGAUAAGUAUAGGAAGAUGGGUUCUUCAUGAAAAGGAAACAGAGGGUGUCUGGAAUAGGGAAUACUUGAACAUUACUUUUGUGAACCAAAGGAAUACUCCUUUAUUCCCUGAAUACAGAGAAGUAAGAAACGUAAUUUAGAUAGUCUUUUAUACUUUUGAUCCAUUUUUGACAGGCCUAUAAGCCAGAGCUCAAAUUGCAGGUGAAGUUUGAUGUUAACAAACUUCAAUCUGCCUAUUUUAGGAACUAUGGAACCUUGUUUGUGUCCAGAAGUGAUAGUAAAGGUCAGCAACAGUGAGCUCAGUAUUGAACAUAGAUGAAUAUGUUGUUACUUCAUUUGAACUUCUUUCUCAUUCAGUUUUACUGGGUAGGAACAGUUAAAAUUCACUAUCAUAAAAGAUUUUAUUAUUGACUUGCUCAAAUAAUGGUAAUGUUCACUAUAAGAGGAUUCUGAUUGUACAUUUUAUGGAAUUAACAUUAAAAAUUACAACUACAUAGACAUUUAAAUAAUUUUAUUAAUUAUAUUAUCAGAUCUUGCUUUGACCUUUGUGUUCAAAAUUAAUAGUAAGAAAUAACAGUGAACUUGCAGUCACAGAGGAAAAAAGGUAAUGAAUUGAAAAAUUCUCAUCACCAGUGAAUGGUGGAUGUUGAGUUUAUAAUAUUGCUCAGUCCAGUGUAAUUUGGUCUCAGUAUGAAUCCUGACUCUGGUUAACUUUUGGUAGUAAUGGGAUCUGUCUAAGUCAUUAUAAUCCUGAUACAAGUCAAGCUAAACUCACAUCACUGCAUUAGUUGUAAGUUUAGGUCGGAUAGUUUCCCUGAAAAAUCAGGUGCAUGGACAAAUUAAACACAUUGAUGACCAGGAUUUCUUCAUACAUCAUUGAAUUCUGUCUGACUCAGAAUCUGUCUCAAGAGAUUGCAAUGCAAAUACAUAUCUAACUAAACAUAACUGUAUUAAUAACAAUGCAAAACCACGUUAAGAAUUCAUGAAAUUAAACAGAUUUUAACUGGAGAUAUAGAAGCAAAAUAUCUUACUUUUCUCAUCCAUCCUAUUCAUCAGGGAAAACUUAAAGAAUCAAGUCACAAACCUUUUAGGGUCUCAGUCUACUGUAGAAGAGCAUAGUUUAACAGGACAAAAAAGUAUCAAGGGCAAAUACAAUGUUGUCACUUCAUGCUGAUUGACAAGGGUGCUUGCUGUAAUUUUAGUUGAAGUGAACAGCAGAUGGGUUCUAUAGAAAUGUUUUUUUUUCCUGCCUUGAUGUUAAGUGCUAUGACUUGCCUGGAGUAGUACAAUUCCUUUUUAUCAAUGAAAGAUAAUUUUGAGUUGUGUUAAAUCCAAUGUAUUCACUGUGGUGAUGCUCAAGUUGAUUGUCCGAGUAAAGUACCACGAUCUUCUGGAUACCACUCUCAAGAUUUAGCAUAUGUGUAAUGUUUUUAUAAUGCAUUGUUCUCUCUGAUAGGGUUAAACCACCGCUGGAAAGCAGAGUAAGAUACUUCUUGGGGAAAGGGAAAUCUACCUGUAUUUUUAAGUAUGUUAUGAUGGAUGCCAAAUUACAGUAUUUACCAGACCUACAGUUAAAAAGAUCAUAAAUCAAUGAAGAUAAAUGUCUAAGAAUGACAAAAAUUAAUUACAUCCUUGCUGCUGCACCAGCAGAAUUUUAUUACAUUUCUUGUCUCUUAAGGUUUUUUUAAAGGUUUGAGUAGCCUCAGGCAUAUCCCAGACUAAAUGCAUAUGUUUAAAAAAAUACUAAAGUUGACAUGUAAGAACUGAUUUCCAAGGCUAGUGCUGCUGUUUUCUGCGACAAAGCCCAUCAAGAAAUUAUGGGUGCACUGCCUGCAAUUUCCUGAAGUUUGCAACUAGUAGUUGUGCCACCCUCCUCUCCCACUCACCUAACACGACCACACACCAACUGCUGUCUAAAUGAAAUCCAGACAGAUCCUCUCCCAUUCUGUAUAGUUCCAAAUAAAUGUAAGCUUGGUGCUGUAAUGUUAGAAAAGAAAAAAAUGUUCUUUCUAUUUUGUUUAUCAAAUUUAGACAUAAGAAUUUUGUAACUUUUGUGAAUGUUUGUCAAUGUUGUUCUACAUGCAUUAAAACCGUCUUGGAAUUAAAAAAGGUAUCAGCUGAUUUCCAAAGGUUAUUUUUCUUAAAGCUUUGUCACCAUAAAAGAGAACAUUUUUCAUUUGUGUGAAACCGUGUUAAACAUACCCAACUCUCCUUCAAACCAUUUCUAUUUUGAACAAUUUAUAAUUACAUCCACAAUGGAGUCCAUGGUCAUCUGUAAAUCUGAAUGCAGUGUAAGAUUAAGCAGCUGUAAAAUGGUUUGAAAACAUUAGCAUAAUGAUCUUUUGAAACUGAAAAUAUAACAUCUCCUAUUUUGGUCCCUUUGCAUAAAGAAUCCUUUUAAAAUUUUGAAAUGAAUGAUGUGAUUAAAUUCUCAUUUUUUCAAUGAUUAAUAAUAGGCUAUACUGUCAUUAGCUUAAAGUUUGUAACUGGGAGCUCCCUCAAUGACUGUACAGUAGCCAUCACCAAACUAUAUGGAGCUAAGGAUCCCUGCUCUGUGGUGAGUAAGCUCAGACAAUUGUUUUGGGGUCCUCCCAAUUAUUAACCCUGCUGCAAAGUAUGUACAUGUGCAUAGAUGUUGUGGAUGAGCACAACUUCAAUCAUGGCUUUACUAAUCCCUGAAGGUAAAUCCCUUGGUACAUUGUCGUGACUUACACCAUAAAGCAUGAAACAUUAUGUAAUUAGAAUCAAGCUCUCAGGGAAGUGAGAAAAUAGAGGAAAACUAGGAAUUGCCAUUUUCACUUUCUGAGUCUGGGGCAAUGAUAGGAUUAGACAUUGAAAACUACAGGUGCUUUCACAUCAGCAAGACAACUAAAGAAUCAUAAUCAGUUUUAACCAGCUCAAAUGAUAAUUUGGCCAUUUCAAGAAUGUAAGGAGAAAAAUGCACUAAACCGAAUCACAGGGUUUGUGUGUAUUAAUAAAAAUGUGUCAAGUAUGUGCCAGAUGAAGGAGAGCAGAAUGAGAUUCAAAAUUCCUUUUAAAUCAGAUAUUGUCUUUAAAUAUAACGAGGGAUAUUUGACAGCAUUUUGUGAAAUAAUCAUUAGCCUCCCAAUAUUGUUCCAUUUGGUACAACUCAGUUUACGUUUUGCAAUAUUGCCGCUUACUCGCUUUUCAGCAUUUUUAUGAAUGGCCUUGGGUGCUUUCUCUCAGCAUUUACUUUUCUACGUAAAUAGGAAAUGACCUUUCUUUCACUGCUUUCUCGGAUUUAGGGACUUUAAUUUCCCCUUUUAUUUUAAGGCCCUAUGUAUGUAUAUUAUAAUG